UGUUAAACCGUGGCUUAAGGAAUUAAUGUGCAUUUCGCUUGCUAAUGCCAUAUUUCCGAAUAUGGCUGGCGGUUUGCGCAUGGGUUGGUUACUUGUCUAGUAACUUAAUUAGCUUUGUUCGCAGUGGCACCCUCAGGAUCCUCGCAUAAUGCAGCCUCAGGCGCUAAAGUACCUUCAAACUUGAUAACACACAUAGGUCUACCUAAUACGGAAACGGUGAACGGCAACGGACGGGUUUUAGUCCGAACCAAAUCUAUUGAUUUCUAAAUGACUUCUCAAAUGGAGCACAGCGCAGAUAAACAAAAUCAAUUAAUCUUGAUUUCAACGAUUAUAUCUUUAAAGUAUCAGGAUUUUUGUUAGAAUAUUUAAGGCCAGGAUUUAAUAAAAAUAUGGAGAAGAACAAGAAACUUUUGAUAUCGACAACAAUUGUACUGUCUUUUUUUGCCGUUCUUUUAAUCCUGAUUUCGUUGGCCACUGAUAGCUGGGUGGAGUCGAAUCCCAAACUGCUCAACACUGUGAAUAAUACGAGGGGUGAAAGCGAGGCGAACUACGGGUUAUUUAAAGGAUUUAGAAUAAAGGAUGUAGGUUUUGGACCAAGGUCAUCAAACUUGCAAGUGGUCUGUUCAGCUUCUGAUGGAGUGUGUGUGCUGUGGCCGGAAGAAGGGAGAGCAGUCGAAGAGAACACUGCCGAUGAGUAUAUCACAAAAACUCUAAAAAACAUGACAGCAAACGAGCCCCUUUGGCAAUCAGGUCUGUUCAACUUUGGCUACUAUGUGACCAUCAUUAUCUGUGCUGCGCUCUCCAUGGUGUUUGGCAUCAUAUCAAUAGGUUUUGCAGUGUUCAAUAUCUGUGGCAAGCCCAUUGAGACGAUCACGGGACCCUGUGGGCUGUAUGUCUGGAAUGGGUUUGCAUUUCUGUUCAGCAUUCUGGAGAUGGCCAUGUUUCUUGCCCUUUUCUUCACGAACCUGAAAGAAAAUUGCUUCUUGAAAGGUGAAUGGGAAAAGUUCUCAUUCCGGGAAUACACGAACUUGGGUUUCUCUUUCUACUUGAUACCAGGGGCUGCAGCCUUGUAUUUUCUGAACGUCGUGUGUAUGUUUUGCUCAGGCUACAAACUCAAAUGUUCAUUCUCGGAUGAGGCGGAAAAAGUCGUCGAUAAUGGCAUGAUUUUGUACUGAUAAAUCUUGUCAUGGUUGGUGUUGAUAUUUAGUGUUGCAAGUCUUAUUUUAUAGAGUGUAUUUGCGUGUAUGUUAUCUUGUUUAUCGAAAAGGAACUUUAUCUGUAUUGAUUGUUAGUGGGUGCUUGCAUGUAUAUUUUGUAUGUUGUUAUCUUGUUACGCACAAAGGAAUUUUAUCUGAAUGCAUUGUUAGUGGCUAAACUGUGUUAAUUGUUAGGGUGAAAGGAAUUUAGAUACUGCAUUUUUGCAUUGUAUUUAUAUUUGUCCACAAUUAACUAAUUGCAGGAUAAACUAUUUAUUGUAAUUUUAAAUAUUCUUGAAGACACAUUGAAACAAAGAUGUUAAUUUUUUUUUAAAUAUGUGUGAAAUUUUGUGAUAUGUUAAUUUCAUUAACGUUUUAUACAUUCAUCCAUUAAUAGCUUUUACAUGUAUAAAAAGUGUGGUUAUGGUGUUGAACUAUGUACACAAAUGUUGAUUUUAUAGACAUCAAACAAAUGAUAAUGCUGUAAUAGUUUCUUUGUGUUACUUUUGGGAUUUUGGGGGGAGAAAUCUGUUAUUUCAUGUCUUUUCGUCAGUUUUGGUCAUGCUUAUUUCAAUAGUUUUACAUUUUUGUUGUACAACUAUUAAGAAUGCUAUUCCACAUUUCAGACCAUAUCACUUUUUUCAGUGCUAGUAAUGGAUAUGGAUUUAACUUAUGACUUCAACUGUUUUUUAUAUUAUACAUUCCAAUGGUGUAAAACAUUUUUUUAAAGCAAUCCUAAAGCUAUUUCAAAUAUAUAUAUAUUUAUCUUUCAUGUCAUUGUUUCUGGUGGAGUUUUGCAGUGAAAAAAUAUCCAUUUUAAUUGAAAAAUCAGGCCUUGUCCCAGCAUUGUGUUAUGGCAAAGUGGCAUAGACCCAUAAAUUCCAACAAGCUAAUUUUUAUGCCCCCGGUAGGGUGGCAUAUAGCAGUUGAACUGUCCGUCAGUCAGUAUGUAAGUCUGUCCGUCCGUCCGAAAAAACUUUAACAUUGGCCAUAACUUUUUAAAUAUUGAAGAUAGCACAUAGAUAUUUGGCAUGCAUGUGUAUCUCAUGGAGCUGCACAUUUUGAGUGGUAAAAUUUCAAGGUUUACAUCAUCCUUCAAGGUCUAAGGUUGAAAAAACAAAGUCAUGGGAAGUAAUUAGCUUUAAAUGGACAUAGUUAUCUGACCUGCCCAUGUAUAUAUUUUUUAACCAGGUUUUCCGAAGGAAAAAACUGGUUAUUAGAUUGGCGAAUGCGGGCGGGCUGGCUGGCGGGCUGGCUGGCUGGCUGGCGGGCUGGCGGGCUGGCGGAAUAAGCUUGUCCGGGCCAUAACUAUGUCGUUCAUUGUCAGAUUUUAAAAUCAUUUGGCACAUUUGUUCACCAUCAUUGGAUGGUGUGUCGCGCGAAAUAAUUACGUCGAUAUCUCCAAGGUCAAGGUCACACUUUGAGUUCAAAGGUCAAAAAUGGCCAUAAAUGAGCUUGUCCGAGCCAUAACUAUGUCGUUCAUCGUCAGAUUUUAAAAUCAUUUGGCACAUUUGUUCACCAUCAUUGGACGGUGUGUCGCGCGAAAUAAUUACGUCGAUAUCUCCAAGGUCAAGGUCACACUUUGAGUUCAAAGGUCAAAAAUGGCCAUAAAUGAGCUUGUCCUGGCCAUAACUAUGUCAUUCAUUGUGAGAUUUUAAAAUCAUUUGGCACAUUUGUUCACCAUCAUGGGACGGUGUGUCCCACAAAAGAAUCACGUCAAUAUCUCCAAUGUCAAGGUCGCCACGACUAAAAAUAGAUUAAAAAAAAAAAAAAACUUACAAAGGGGCUUAAUUUUUUGUGGUCAUUUCAAAAGUUCAGUUUGAGUUUUCUCCCUUUAUCAGAUUUUUUUUUCACAAUGAAAACCUGGUUUUGUGACAAUUUUGUCCCUUGUUGUUAAAUAAAUCAAAGCGUUGCAGUAGGCGGCAUUGUGUUUCUGACAAACACAUUGUGGUAAAAGGUCAAGGUCAUCCUUUACGGUCUACGGUAAAAAAUACAGAUGUAAGUAAGAGAAGUAAUAAGCUUUAAAGGGAGAUAAUUAUUCAAUAUUGAUCAUAGUCACUUUAUAUUUUUAGCAUGCAUGUGUAUCUCAUGGAGCUGAACAUUUUGAGUGGUGAAUCUACAGUCACGGUAGUGGCUUUUAAUUAUUUGCUACUAAAAAUAGAGAUUUGUUACAGACAAUUCUUUUCAAGGGAAGUAAUUUAUAUAAUUAUAAAUCUCAUAUUAUAUAUUUCCUUACCAAGAAUUGAAGUUCUUUUCACAGUUAAUCUACAGAUUUAUUAUUUUGAUUAUUUUUAACCCAAAUGAUUGAUUUUGCAAAGUUUUUUUUUUUAAUGAUAUAAUUAUAAUUUCUUUGAUGUUCAUUACAUACCUGUGGACUUAUGUUCAUAGAUACAUGAACAACUCUGGCUAUGAUCUUUUUUAAACCACAGGCCUUGGUUGUCAGUGAUGUCUGACAUGGUCAGACCCCCCCCCCCCCCCCCCCGCCCCAGUUGUAUUGGACAAAAUUCAAGGGAAGUACAUGUAAUAACAUUUACAUGGAUAUGAUUUCUAUACCUGCUAAAUGAUACAUAGAAAUUUUAUUUCAAUGCGGCGCAGUAGGGGGCAUUGUGUUUUUGACAAACACAUCUCUUGUUGACAAUGAAAAUUGUAUGUUUCCUUUACCAAUUUCUUAAUUUUUACAAAACUUAAACAAGCUUAAAAGAAUAAUAAUUGGAAUUAAAGCAAAGAAGUUCAUCUGAUUUGGAAAUUGAGGCACAUGGGAAACACUGCACUUAGAAGCUCUGGGGAAAGCCUCGGCGUUUAAUUUCCAAGUACAUGUACUUUGAAAUUAACUUCAAAUAGGAUGUUGUAAUAUGUUUAUUUUCAUACAUGUCUGUUUGUUAAAUAAGGUUAUUUAUUAUUCUUUGUUAUUGGUUCAAGUCAAUUAUGUUAAAUUAAUUGUCUACUUUACUUUAAAGCAAGAAAGUAGAUAUCUUUAUAAUGGUCUGUAUAUUAUUCAUUGGCCCGGUUUUCUAUGUGAUUAUGUGUUGUGAUAAAAAAAAUUGUUUUCAGUCAACUGUAUUGUAACACAAUUUUAUAGAUUUUAUAUUUCUCAAGUCAACUUAAUAUGUCCCAACACGUUGUCCAAUAACCAUUAUCUAUUAUUUACCAGGUUUUAAACAAAGAAGGUAAAUACCUUUCAAUGGAGGUAUUGCACGGAAAUUUGUCUUUUAAUUUGCACUAUUGUUUAAAUGUUUGAAAUCAAAAUUCCAAUAGAAAGAAUGAAUAAUAUCACAACUUUAGAACUAUGAAAACAGAUGUCUUUAUGUUUUAUAAUUCCAAUAUUAAUUUUUGCUAAUCAACUAUCAUUAGGAAUUCUUUUGUUACAGUGUGAACCACUAAUUAAAUUACAAAUUGUUGCAAAUUGGAAGUCUAUUAUUGAUAUCUGCUAAUGUGCUUAUCGGUAGACUUGUCUGAUUGUGCUCUAUAAACUUCUUUACUUUGAUAUGGUGGUGUUUUAUGCAAGUCAAAUAUUUGCAUCUUGGUACAAGUCAAAAUUUCUCAUGGUACACAUUCCCUUAAUAUGUUUAUCAAACACUAUAUAUGUUUAUUUGAUUAUUCUCUGACAAAAUUUUAUCAGAUAAACACGCAUUGGCUGAAAAACAUGGAAUAUAUUUUAUGCUUUUGCAUCUUUUAAUAUGUGUGAAAUAUUCUAAGAUCAUGUGUUAUUAGUAACAUUUGCUGAUUGGAAGAUAUAAAUAGACAAAUAAUGAUAUUAGUUGUGUACUAUAAGUCAAGGUUUUUAUAUAUAAUGUUUGGUGUAUGUUAAAUUUUAAAAGACAUGCAUUCACAUUUAUUCAGCAUAACAAAAAGACUCUUAUAGUAUUGUAUGUUGUUACUUAUGCCCCUGAUUUGUUCACUGCGAGUAAUAUUCAAUGAUUUCUUGUAACAUGUUGAAACAUUCAGUUAACUAAUGACUGCUACAUAUAUCAUAUUCAAACAAUUCUUAAAGUAAGAUAAGUACUCAAAAUCAACGAAAAUUUCACAAAAUAUUUCGAGAAAUAAAGUUAACCCAUAAAAAAUCUGUGUUCCUUAUGGCAAUAGCCAAAAUGUCAACGCUAGGUAAGUAGGUGUGGUAUGGUAACAUAGAUUUAAUGAGAUACAAAAUGCUUGUUCUUAUUUUUUUGUGCCACAAUAUAUUCCAUUUAAAUUUCCCUCAAUUAUAUCUGUUCAUACGACACACAAAUGCUUACAUGGUACAUGAACAUGUGUUGAAUAUAUUGUCCCACAAAAAGAAAAGCAUUUUCUAUCUUGAUUAAUAUAUGUUACCAGACCACAUUUAGCAUUGAAAUGUUGGCUAUUUCUUUAAGGAACAUUGAUUUUUUAUGUGUUAACUUUAUUUUUGGAAAUGAUGUACGAACUAUUCGUUGAUUGUGAGUGUUCAUGUGCUUUUAAUGUUACUUGUCCAAAAUGCUCUAUUAUCAUUUUGAUAUUGAUAUGAACAUUGGUUUGGAGCAGCAAACUUCCCUGCCUGGGCUUUUUUUACAACACAGCACCUAUUGUUUUAUGUUCUUUUCAUUUUUGUGUAAGUUUUAUUUUAUGAGUAGCCAAAAUUUAACUCUUAACAGAAAAAUACAUUAAAAAACCUAAGAUCAAAACAUUUUAUUACUAUUACUUAUUAUUUAGAGUUUUAUUUUCAACUGGUAUUUUAAUGCUUCAGUAUUUUUUUGUUUGUUGUAUAUUACUAUUGUUAAUGUGUGUGAAACUUACAAGCAGCUGUAAGUACAUGUUGGAUCUAUCCAAUAUUUUAUGUAUAUAUUUCCUUAGUUACAGUUCAGUAGAGGUGCUUAUAAGCUAGUCGGUACACGUUUGCUUGUCAUAUUUACACUUGUAAUUGUAUUGUUUAUUUACAUUGUAGAAUAUCCAGCUAUUUAUAAUUGCUUUAUUUUUAUGUACGCAUAUUAUGUUAAUGUAACAAGGACAACCCUAAGUUCUUAUUGCUUUCAUACAGUUCAAAAACAACUACAAUUCUAGUCAUUGGGAUCAAUUAUUUGUUUAAUCCCUGUAAAAGAUACAAAAAACAGCAACAGAAUAUUAUCACGUUGUUCUGUCUUCAAGAAAAACAGUAGCCUAAUAGCAAAUCUUUAUUUCAUAACUUAUAAAUAGAAAGUGGUUUUCUGGUUUUAUGCUAUUUGCACAUAGCCAUUUUCACCUUGCUUCUAACUGGAAAAGGUUUAAAAAUCACCACACUAUAAAGAGUAAAACAUGUUGGUAGGUACCACUUAUGAAGGGUUUUGAAGCCUUUGCACAUCUUAAUUCCAAAUACAAUGUCUCAGUUUCAAAUGUAAGUGUGAUAUAUUAUUGCUAAAUCAAAAUUGUUUAUUUUCUAUUUAUUCAAUUUAUUAGUCAUAUAACUUUGGUUCUUGUCCAGAGUUGAUUUAUAAAAACAAACUUGCCAUGCCAAAAAAAUGUGUUUUAAUCACUUUCAGAUGUUGUGUGCCAUUUCUUUGAGUAUUAUCGUUGGCUUUUAUUGCAAAUUUAGCCAUUUUAUUUACGUGUGUCUUGUUUACAUACAUUUUUUAAUCACUAUACAUGUUUGAUUACGCAGGUAUUAAUAUUCAAGAAAUCAUGCAUUUGAAAAAAAACAAAGAAUGUUGACAUAUUAGACAAACAUGGUUGUGAUUGUGUUUUUCUUUAAUUGCUGGUUCAAUUAUUCUCUUGGACCAUAUUCUAGUCAGAUUUCUGUUAAAGAAAGUGUUGAAGUAAAUUAUUUGGCUACAUUUACUUGUAUAGGUUUUAUACAAUUUCAAAAGUCGUACGGCAAAGUCAUUAUACUGCAGUGACAUGUGUAUUUUGUACCACUUCUUUUACUUUUCUAUGAACCAGCUUUUUUUGUUUGCGCUAGAGGUAAAGUUUGUUUUCUAUUUGUAUGUCUAAAUUUUAAUAUUCAAACAAAAUUCCAAAAAUGUGUCAGAAGAAAUCCAUCUUUACAAAAAUAGAUACUUAAAUUGUAUCUUAUACAACCAUCCAUUAGCUGUUUUAUUCCUUUAAUUGUGUGUCAUUACCUUUUCAUUAAUCUACAUUAUAAAAGUAUAUUGCUAGUGAUUUUGUCAAUAAAGAGUCUAUACAAACUUGAA